CUAAAAGGACGUUAUUGUCAAAUCCCAAACUAAAAGUGCUGAAACCAUCCAUAUCCUCAAACACACACACCCCAUAACAAAAUUACAUCCCAUCCCAUUGUAAUAAAUAAAUAAUAAUUUAUUAUUAUUAUUAUUUCAGUUGAAGAAGAAGAAGGAAAGAGAAGAGAACAAACACAUCGAAAAUGGCGAACAAGCUCUUCAAAACUAACUUCUGAUCACUCCUCACAAACUCACCACUAACCCACUUCACUUUCUUCAUUUCCCAGAUCUAAAACCUCAUACGACGUCGUAAAGCACCAUCUCCGAUCAAAAUCAUGGGCUAGGUAACAGCUUUCGUUGACCGUUGUGUUUUACAAUUAAUAAGUUGACCAAUAUGAGCCAGUUGAGUGUUGAAACCGAAGAUACUUCUGCUACAUUACUUGAACUUGCCGCAAAUGAUGACAUUGAAGGGUUCAAAAAGGCAGCUGAAUCUGACCCUUCUGGUAUUGAUGAAGUUGGACUGUGGUAUGGCCGUCAAAAAGGGUCGAAACAGAUGGUUCUUGAACACCGAACCCCGUUAAUGGUGGCAGCAAUGUAUGGAAGCAUUGAUGUUUUGAAACUGAUCCUUUCUCAAUCGAAAGCCGAUGUGAAUCGGUUGUGUGGCGUUGAUACAACCACUGCUCUGCAUUGUGCUGCUUCCGGUGGAUCGGUAAAUGCGGUUGAAGUCGUUAAACUGUUGUUGCUCGCGGGUGCUGACCCGAAUUUGAUCGAUGUUAACGGACUUCGACCCGUGGAUGUGAUUGUUGUUUCACCGAAGUUUCCGGGUAUGAAAAAGACUCUCGAAGAGCUUCUUGGCGUUGGCGAAGGUGAAAUUACUGUUUUGCCCUUGUCGGAAACGGAACCGGAACCCGGCCCGGAAUUGGAUAUGUCGAAACGGGAAUACCCGAUUGACCCUUCGUUACCCGAUAUCAAGAAUAGUAUCUACUCAACCGAUGAGUUUAGAAUGUACUCGUUUAAGGUCCGGCCUUGUUCACGGGCCUACUCUCAUGACUGGACCGAAUGCCCGUUUGUUCAUCCGGGUGAAAACGCUCGUAGGCGGGACCCACGAAAGUUUCAUUACAGUUGUGUUCCGUGUCCAGAUUUCCGGAAAGGUACUUGCAGAGGAGGUGAUAUGUGCGAAUACGCUCAUGGGGUUUUCGAGUGUUGGCUACACCCAGCCCAAUACCGGACCCGUCUUUGUAAAGACGGGCCCAGUUGUAACCGACGGGUAUGUUUCUUUGCUCAUACACGAGAUGAGCUUCGCCCAUUGUUUGUGUCAACGGGCUCUGUGGUUGGGUCGCCUCGGUCAUCAGGUGGACCGAGUGCCUUGGAUUUUGCUGCAGCCAUGAGUUUGAUGCCCGGGCUGGGCCCGGGCCCAGGCCCGUCUUUUACACCACCGUUGUCUCCAAAUGCGAAUGGCAACUGGGCUCCACCGAAUGUCCCGUCAUUGCAUUUACCGGGAAGUAACCUUCAAUCGAGCCGGUUAAGAUCGUCUCUUAACGCUCGAGAUAUGGAACAAGAUUUAAACAUUCAGCUUUUGAAUGAGUUAAACAGACAACAAAGGACGGUUUUGACCCCGACGAAACUUGACGAUAUCUUUGCAGCUGAAAGCUCGUCUCCUCGGUUUAACGAUCAAUCGGUUUUCUCACCGCGACAUAGUUCAUCGGUUUUUAACCAGUUUCAGCAACAAGAGGGUAUGUUAUCACCAAUUAACACAAACUUCUCACCAAAAAAUACGCCCUUUUCGGUCCAGUCGGUUCAGUCUCCCGGGAGGAUGUCCCCGAGAAGCGUUGACCGGGUUGACCCGAUUUCGCCCAUGAGUUCUCGUGUGUCAAUACUGGCACGCGAGAAUCAACAUCAGUUUAGGAGUUUGAGUUCGAGGGAACUCGGCUCGCGAUCCAGUGGUGUAACAGUUUCGGGUUCGGGGGUUGAUCCGUGGUUACAAUGGGGCUCGGGUAAUGAGAAACCCGAUUGGGCGGUUGAGAAUGCUAACGCGGACGAAUUCGGUAAGCUUCGAAGAUCAUCAUCGUUCGAAAAUGUUGGGAGUAACGCGGAAGAGCCCGAUCUGUCAUGGGUUCAAUCGCUCGUUAAAGAAACACCCCCCGAAAAGGGGGUGGCGGAUGGCGGCGGGCCCAGCAAUGGUGGUGGUGAUGGUGUGAAUUCAAGUACACAAAUGGAUCAAUCUGCAUUGAGUGCAUGGAUUGAGCAAAUGCAGCUUGAGCAUGUUGUGACUCAACAAAACUGAAUUUUUUGGGCAACAAAGGGGAAUUAUAAAAUACAAACAAGUUUUGAUUUUUGAUUUAUCCAAUUACUUUGGAUAAAUGGAUCAAUCUGCAUUGAAUAACAAACAAGUUUUUUUUUACUACAAUUGUUUUUAAUUUAAUUAUAAAAAUAUACAAGCAGAAAUUUUCUGAAAAAUAUAUUACCUAAUAUUAGUUAUUAACAUGAUAUUACUAAAUUGUACCCUUUUACCUUUUUUCUUGAGAGGUUGAUGUAAUCAUGUCUAGUGCAGAUCUCAAGUGUUUUGGUGAGGAUCAUGAUAACUUAUGUAGCAAUGAUUUAAAUUAAUAUUAUUUCUUUCAAUUAUUAUUA